GUGAUAGUAUCAACUUUCCUAUUAUUUAAUUAUGGUGAGCUGGAGACUAAUCCAAUAAAUUUAUGGGUAAAUGAAAAUUCAAAUGUAUUCCAAGAAAAACAAUAUUAUGAUGAGCAUUUUGGGCCAUUUUAUAGAACAGAACAAAUAUUUGUUGUGAAUGAGACAGGGCCAGUAAUGUCAUAUGAUACAAUGAAAUGGUGGUUUGAGGUUGAGCAUCAUAUUACUAACAAUUUAAUUAGUGACGAAAAAAUCUCUUUCCAAGAUAUAUGUUUUAAGCCUAAUGGGGAUGCGUGUGUCAUUGAAUCAUAUUCUCAAUACUUUCAUGGUAUUCUUCCUGAUGAAUCCACCUGGGAAUAUGAAUUACAAACUUGUUCUGAUACUCCAGUUAUGUGUUUACCGGAUUUCCAGCAGCCAUUAAAAAAAAACAUGUUAUUCAGCAGUGAUGAUGUCCUUAAUUCUAAUGCCUUUGUAGUGACAUUAUUAUUAGAUAAUCAUACUCAAUCGGCCAAUUUAUGGGAAGAAAAGUUAGAAACCUACCUAUUGAAUAUAACAGUUCCAGAAGGUCUGAGAUUAAGUUUCAAUACUGAAAUUUCUAUAGAAAGAGAGUUGAAAGGUAAUAAUGACAUAUUAAUUAUAUGCAUCUCUUACUUUAUGAUGUUUUUUUAUGCUUCUUGGGCGCUAAAGAGAAAAUGGGGUGAAAAUAGACUUCUAUUGGGUUUGACAGGUAUUUUGAUAAUUCUAUCAUCGUUGAUUUGUGCUUCGGGUAUAUUGAGUUUCUUCUCGAUAAAAUCUACCUUGAUUAUUGCAGAAGUCAUUCCAUUCUUAAUAUUAGCAAUUGGUAUCGAUAAUAUAUUCUUAAUAACUAACGAAUUUGAUAGGGUUUCGGCAGUUUAUAAAAAAUACACUAUUGAUCAAAGGAUAAUAUUAGCAGUUCAAAGGAUUGCCCCAUCAAUUUUUAUUUCAAUGGUGGCUCAAUGUGGUUGUUUUUUUAUUGCUUCGGUGGUCAGUAUGCCAGCUGUUCAUAAUUUUGCAUUGUAUUCAGCAGUGGCAUUAUUGUGCAACUUUGUACUACAAUUGACUACAUAUAUUUCAAUUCUUUCACUUUAUGAAAAGAAAUACGGUGUAACAUCUUUACCGGAUGAAGUUGAUGAUCAAUCGAAUAGUAGAAUUUUCAAUGGAUACUUCAACUUGAUUUCAAAAAAGAGAAAAUUAUUGGGUGUUUUUGCCUCAUGGAGUUUACUCUCUUUGGUAUUUAUACCGAUGAUAAAACUUGGAUUGGACCAGAAAAUGGCUAUUCCUCAGGAUUCAUAUCUUAUUGACUAUUUCAAUGAUGUAUAUGAAUAUUUAAAGGUUGGUCCGCCAGUUUAUUUUGUUGUUAAGGACUUAGAUUUGACCAAAAAAGAAAAUCAGAAAGAAUUAUGCGGCAAAUUCACCACUUGCAACAAGAACUCUUUGGCUAAUGUAUUUGAAAUGGAAAGGGAGAGGUCUACCAUAACUGAACCUUUGGCAAAUUGGUACGAUGAUUUUAUGACGUUUUUAAAUCCUGAACUGGACACCUGUUGCAGAGUAAAAAAAGGAACUACAGAAACUUGUCCUCCAGAAUUCUCUCCAAGACUAUGUGAAACUUGCUUCAAAGAUAAAGAUUGGGAUUAUGAUAUGACGGGAUUCCCAGAAGGAAAUGAUUUUAUGAAAUAUUUUAAGAUUUGGAUUGAGUCUCCAAGUGAUCCUUGUCCAUUGGGUGGUAAAGCUCCAUAUUCUCAUGCCGUAUCUUAUAAUGAUAGCACGAUAAUAUCUUCUGUUUUUAGAAGUGCCCAUAAACCAUUGACCAACCAACAAGAUUUUAUUGAUGCUUAUAUCGAUGCUGACAGAGUUGCAUCGUCAUUUGAUAAUUUGGACGUAUUUGCAUACUCGCCUAUUUAUAUUUACUUUGCCCAAUACAAAGGCAUGAUUGAAUUGACGCUUAAAUUAUUGAGUAGUGCAAUACUAUUCGUGUUUAUAACAUCAACACUUUUAUUUGGAUCUUUAUCUACUGCUGCUGCACUGUCUUUAACAAUUAUUAUGAUUUUAAUUGAUAUUGGGGGACUGAUGAAGCUUUUUAAAAUUGAUUUGAACGCAGUAUCGUUAGUUAACUUGGUAAUAUGUGUUGGUUUAUCCGUCGAAUUUUGUAUUCAUAUUACACGAGCAUUUACUAUGAUACCAAAAGGUAUCAAGAACGAUAGAGAUUCUCGUAUCAGACACGCAAUGCUAACUGUUGGGAAGUCUGUAUUCACAGGAAUAACAAUAACCAAAUUGAUAGGUGUAUCGAUCUUAGCAUUUGCACAAUCACAAAUAUUUCAAGUGUUCUAUUUCAGAAUGUGGCUAGCAUUGAUUUUUGUAGCCGCUAUACAUGCAUUAAUAUUUUUGCCAGUAUUAUUAUCAAUGAUUGGUGGCACCGCAUAUAUAGAUAAUCUUGCCAAUGAAAAUACAGUUUCCUCACGGUAA